CUAUAUAAGGGCAUACUUGCAUAACGCCAUCAUCUCAACCAUCGUCAUCACCACCACCCAUAGUUCUCUCACACCUCCAUUUUGAUUUCUAGUGCAUGCCCACAAGAUCAUAAACUACAUUCUUUGAGAAAAAUCAAAUCAUAUCAUAGCCAUGAACAUAUCAAAGAUUAUCUUGAUUUCUCUUUCACUAGCCAUACUUUCCCAGCUAGUUCAGAGCAUCGACUUCACUGAAAAGGACUUAUCUUCCGAUGAGAGCUUAUGGGACCUGUACGAAAGGUGGCGGAGCCACCACACAGUGUCCCGGGACCUCUCUGAGAAGCAGAAGCGCUUCAAUGUGUUUAAGGAGAAUGUGAAGCACAUUCACAAAGUGAACAACAUGGGCAAGCCUUAUAAGUUGAAGCUUAAUAGGUUUGGUGACAUGACUAACCAUGAGUUCAGAAGCACUUAUGGAUCUAAGGUUAAGCACUGCCGGAUGCUACAUGGCGGUCGUAGCGGUACCGGUGGGUUCAUGCAUGAGAAGACUGAUAAUCUGCCGCCGUCGGUUGAUUGGAGGAAGAAAGGAGCUGUCACCGGUGUGAAAGACCAAGGCAAUUGUGGUAGUUGCUGGGCAUUUUCAGCAGUAGUUGCAGUUGAAGGUAUCAACAAAAUCAAAACAAAUGAGUUAGUCUCUCUCUCUGAGCAAGAACUUGUUGAUUGCGAAACCGACAACCAAGGCUGCAAUGGCGGAUUAAUGGAAAAUGCAUUCGAAUUCAUCAAGAAAAAUGGCGGAUUAACAACCGAGAUAAUUUACCCUUACAAUGCCCAAGAUGGGUCCUGUGAUUCAUCAAAAAUGAAUUCUCCGGUGGUGAUGAUUGACGGCCAUGAAAACGUGCCUGAAAACGACGAAAAUGCCUUGAUGAAAGCCGUUGCAAACCAACCUGUAUCAGUUGGAAUUGACGCUGGUGGUUCUGAUUUGCAAUUCUACUCGGAGGGAGUGUUUACCGGCCCUUGUGGCACAGAGCUGGACCACGGGGUGGCAGCGGUGGGCUAUGGAACCACCAUAGAUGGCACAAAAUAUUGGAUAGUGAAAAAUUCAUGGGGGCCAGAAUGGGGAGAACAGGGUUACAUAAGGAUGCAGAGGAUGGUCGACGCGGAGGAGGGACUUUGUGGCAUAGCCAAGGAGGCAUCAUACCCUAUCAAGUUGUCCUCUGAUAACCCUAAAAAAGUUUCUCUCAAGGAUGAGCUCUAGAUGAUGAUUCAUAGUACACACAAUUCUCAGUAGUUUUGUUUCAGCUUUGGUCACAGGCUCAUGAAUCUUUAUGAUUAAUAAAUCUUUCACAUAGAUUAUAUACUAUGCGUUUGUGAGGACAGUUUUAGACAUUGUAUUUUAUUGGUU